AUGGCCACAUCUGCCAGGAUCAGUUUUACAGUGAGAAGCAUUUUGGAUUUACCAGAGCAGGAUACUAAUAGCAUAAAGCAAGCCUCUGACAAUCACCACGCAGCGGAGAACUACAUCGGCUCGCCGUACCGAGGCUGGAUAGAAACAGACAGAAUUCACUAUCCCUCUUCCGACGAGAGCGGCCCGGAGCUGAGCUUGCCUGACUCCACGCAAAGGUGCCUUCCCGCCCGCGGCUCGGAGGCCGAGGAGAAGAAGAAAAAGCGACGGGUGCUUUUCUCCAAGGCGCAAACGCUGGAGCUGGAGCGGCGGUUCCAGCAGCAGCGGUACCUCUCGGCGCCGGAGCGGGAGCAGCUGGCCCGGCUGCUCAGCCUCACCCCUACCCAGGUGAAGAUCUGGUUCCAAAAUCACCGCUACAAGAUGAAGCGAGCGCGGAGCGAGGGUCCCGGUAGCCCCCCGCCGCGCCCUCCCGCCCUGCUGCGCCGGGUCGUGGUGCCGGUGCUGGUGCGGGACGGUGAGCCCUGCCGCGGCUGCCCGUCCAGCCCUCCUCGACCCGCCGCCCGCCCCAAGCUGGGCUGCGCCCUGGCCGGCUGCAGCGCCCAGGCUGCCCUCACCCUGCCGGGCUACCGAGCCUGCCCACCCGCCGCCGCCCUCGGCGUCUUCCCGGCUUACCAGCACUUAGUGCACCCCGCCGUCGUCUCCUGGGGAUGGUGA